AACCCAUCAUAAAGGGAGCACUACAGGAAGUGGAGACGUUGCAGGCGCUGGUGAACGGUACUCUGGGAGGAGCGAUGGGGGGGCAGCAGGUGGUGUGGGUCCCAGAGACAGAAGGAGGAGGAGGAGUGGUGGGCACGGGCCCUGUAUGUCUCCUUCGCAGGGCCGAGACCUUCGGAGGCUUUGACUCUCAGCAGAUACACAUCUCUAAGAAUGGGGACAAAGAAGAGGGAGAGGACAGAGCAGACCUUCGCAGGACAGAGUCAGACGGUGUACUGAAGAAGGGGGAGAAUGCGACCAUGAUGCUGUUACUGAAGAGGAAUACCGAGCAGGUCCUCCACAGUGUGAGCCACAUCCAUGACCUGCUCAGCACCCUGCAGGCAGUGGUAGUCCAGCAGGACAGCUUCAUUGAGGAUCAGCGCCAGGCUCUCACCAACCGCCCCGAACGCCUCACCUCCUUCUUCUCCUCCCGUCCCUCCUCCCGCCACAACUCCCUGAUCGAGCAGGAGAAACAGCGCAGCCUGGAGAAACAGAGGCAGGAGACGGCCGCUGCAGCGCCAGCAGGCCACACGACCAGGAGAAGAGGAGGAGGGAGAGGGAGUGGGAGGUGCGGGAGCAGCAGCUGACAGACAGGGAGGUGCAGCUCCUGGUACAGGAAGAGGAGACGGGGAGGAGGAGCAGGGAGCUAGUUACGGAGAGGGCGGCGCUACAAAGGAAGAAGAAGGACUAUCUGAUAGAUCUAGAGAGACUGAGAGACGCUCAGGGGAAACUAGAUCGAGACAGAGAAAACGUACACCGAGAAAUGGAGAGGGUAGAACACAUGAGAAUGGCU